AUGCCUCAGGGUCAGAUUGAAGUAAAGGGCAUUGGAAAGGUUUCUGCCCACUGCUGGAAGGACGCCGCCUCGCAGACCCUACCUCAGCAGGUCCUACCUGCUCAGCAGGCCCUCCCCUCAGCAGGCCCUACCUCAGCAAGCCCUACAUCACCCGGCUCUACCUCACCAGGCCCUACUUCAGCAGGAGCUACCUCAGCAGGAGCUACCUCACCAGGCCCUACCUUAGCUGGAGCUACCUCAGCAGGCCCUACCUCAGCAAGUCCUACCUUGGCAGGCCCAACCUCAGCGGGAGCUACCUUAGUAGGCCUUACCUCAGCAGAAGCUACCUCAGCAGGAGCUAAGUCACCAGGCCCUACCUCAACUGGAGCUACCUCAGCAAGUCCUACCUCAGCAGGCCCUACCUCAGCAAGUCCUUCCUUGGCAGGCCCUACCUCAGCAGGCCCUACCUCACAAUGCACGAUCUCACCAGGAACUACCUCAGCAGGAGCUACCUCAGCAGGCUCUAACUCAGCAGGAGCUACCUCAGCAGGUCCUACCUCACCAGGAGCUACCUCACCAGGCCCUACCUCAGAUGGAGCUACCUCAGCAGGCCCUAACUCAGCAAGUCCUACCUUGACAGGCCCUACCUCAGCGGGAGUUACCUUAGUAGGCCUUACCUCAGCAGGAGCUACCUCAGCAGGAGCUAAGUCACCAGGCCCUACCUCAGCAGGUCCUACCUUGUCAUGCCCUACCUCAGCAGGAGCUACCUCAGCAGGAACUACCUCAGCAGGAGCUAGCUCACGAGGCCCUACCUCAGCAGGAGCUACCUUACCAGGCCCUACCUCAGCAGGAGCUACCUCACGACGCCCUACCUCAGCAGGUCCUACCUCAGCAGGCCCUACCUCACCAGGAGCUACCUCAGCAAGAGCUACCUCAGCAGGAGCUACCUCAGCAAGAGCUACCUCAGCAAGAGCAUCCUCACCAGGAGCUACCUCAGCAAGAGCUACCUCACCAGGAGCUACCUCAGCAAGAGCUACCUCACCAGGAGCUACCUCAGCAAGAGCUACCUCACCAGGAGCUACCUCAGCAGGAGCUACCUCACCAGGAACUACCUCACCAGGAACUACCUCAGCCGGAACUACCUCAGCAGGAGCUACCUCACCAGGAACUACCUCAGCAGGAGCUACCUCACCAGGAACUACCUCAGCAGGAGCUACCUCACCAGGAACUACCUCAGCAGGAGCUACCUCACCAGGAACUACCUCAGCAGGAACUACCUCAGCAGGAGCUACCUCACCAGAAACUACCUCAGCAAGAGCUACCUCACCAGGAACUACCUCACCAGGCCCUACCUCAGCAGGAGCUACCUCACCAGGAACUACCUCAGCAGGAGCUACCUCACCAGGAGCUACCUCAGCAGGUCCUACCUCAGCUGGAGCUACCUCAGCAGGCCCUACCUCAGCAAGUCCUACCUUGGCAGGCCCUAACUCAGCGGGAGCUACCUUAGCAGGAGCUACCUCAGCAGGCCCUACCUCAGCAGGAGCUACCUCAGCAGGCCCUACCUCAGCAGGCCCUACCUCAGCAGGAGCUACCUCAGCAGGCCCUACCUCAGCAGGAGCUACCUUACCAGGCCCUACCUCAGCAGGAGCUACCACACGAGGCCCUACCUCACCAGGAGCUACCUCAGCAGGAGCUACCUCACCAGGCCCUACCUCAGCAGGAGCUACCUCAGCAGGCCCUACCUCAGCAGGAGCUACCUCACCAGGCCCUACCUCAGCAGGAGGUACCUCACCAGGCGGUACCUCACCAGCUGCUACCUCAGCAGGAGCUACCUCAGCAGGUGCUACCUCAGCAGGCCCUACCUCAGCAGGAGCUACCUCAGCAGGCCCUACCUCAGCAGGAGCUACCUCACCAGCUGCUACCUCAGCAGGAGCUACCUCAGCAGGCCCUACCUCAGCAGGAGCUACCUCAGCAGGAGCUACCUCAGCAGGCCCUACCUCAGCAGGAGCUACCUCAGCAGGCCCUACCUCAGCAGGAGCUACCUCAGCAGGCCCUACCUCAGCAGGAGCUACCUCAGCAGGAGCUACCUUACCAGGCCCUACCUCAGCAGGAGCUACCACACGAGGCCCUACCUCACCAGAAGCUACCUCACCAGGAGCUACCUCAGCAGGUCCUACCUCAGCAGGCCCUACCUCACCAGAAGCUACCUCACCAGCUGCUACCUCACCAGCUACUACCUCAGCAGGUGCUACCUCAGCAGGAGCUACUUCAGCAGGCCCUACCUCACCAGGCCCUACCUCAGCAGGAGUUACCUCACCAGGCCUUACCUCAGCAGGCCCUACCUCAGCAGGCCCUACCUCAGCAGGAGCUACCUCACCAGGCCCUACCUCAGCAGGAGCUACCUCACCAGGCCCUACCUCAGCAGCAGCUACCUCAGCAGGCCCUACCUCAGCAGCAGCUACCUCAGCAGGCCCUACCUCAGCAGCAGCUACCUCAGCAGGCCCUACCUCAGCAGGAGCUACCUCACCAGGCCCUACCUCAGCAGGAGCUACCUCACCAGGCCCUACCUCAGCUGGAGCUACCUCAGCAGGCCCUAACUCAGCAAGUCCUACCUUGGCAGGCCUUACCUCAGCAGGAGCUACCUCAGCAGGAGCUAAGUCACCAGGCCCUACCUCAGCUGGAGCUACCUCAGCAGGUCCUACCUUGUCAGGCCCUACCUCAGCGGGAGCUACCUUAGUAGGCCCUACCUCAGCAGGAGCUACCUCAGCAAGAGCUACCUCAGCAGGCCCUACCUCAGCAGGAACUAGCUCACGAGGCCCUACCUCAGCAGGAGAUACCUUACCAGGCCCUACCUCAGCAGGAGCUACCUCACGAGGCCCUACCUCAGCAGGAGCUACCUCACGAGGCCCUACCUCAGCAGGAGCUACCUCACCAGGUUCUACCUCAGCAGGAGCUACCUCACCAGGUCCUACCUCAGCAGGAGCUACCUCACCAGGUCCUACCUCAGCAGGAGCUACCUCACCAGGUCCUACCUCAGCAGGAGCUAGCUCACGAGGCCCUACCUCAGCAGGAGCUACCUCACCAGGCCCUACCUCAGCAGGAGCUACCUCACGAGGCCCUACCUCAGCAGGAGCUACCUCACCAGGUUCUACCUCAGCAGGAGCUACCUCACCAGGUCCUACCUCAGCAGGAGCUACCUCACCAGGUCCUACCUCAGCAGGAGCUACCUCACCAGGUCCUACCUCAGCAGGAGCUACCUCACCAGGUCCUACCUCAGCAGGAGCUACCUCACCAGGUCCUACCUCAGCAGGAGCUACCUCACCAGGUCCUAGCUCAGCAGGAGCUACCUCACCAGGUCCUACCUCAGCAGGAGCUACCUCACCAGGUCCUAGCUCAGCAGGAGCUACCUCACCAGGUCCUACCUCAGCAGGAGCUACCUCACCAGGAACUACCUCAGCAGGAGCUUUGUCAUCCUGGGUGACGGAGGCAACAGUGACGUUCCCGGGAAUGUCAGUGAGGACUGUAGGUAAACUGGUAGAAGACUGGCUGUUUGGUUCCUGCUUCUGGAUGUGAGGUUGCGCACUAUCAGUAACUGAGAAGUGAAGGUGCGGCUGGUCGAGUGGCUCUUCCUUGGUGACUAAACAUUGUACGUGUCGGUUAGGUGAAGGUUGCUGGAAAAAGUCGUCCGGCCCGUAAAUUCGUCGCUG